AUGGACCAGCGGCCUGCUACCGCUCACCCCGUUCCAGUGGAUGUAGCGCCUGGAUCUCCCCGAGUAAAAAGUGUAUCACGCCUGCAGAAAGAUAAGCCCAUCACCGACAGCCAACGCCGUACCCCUGACUCGAUCGAGGAAGCUGCUGCCAGUCUUUUCACACGAGUGCGGGCACUCAUCAAUGAAUCCAGUCCCGUUGAUUGUGCAACCCCGACCUCAGAUGUAUCUGCUCACAGACUUGGCUACUCGACAUCUUCAUACGAUGCAGAUACUAGCUCCUCCGAGAAUAGCGAUAAACCAACGAACAAAUCUGGAGGUGAUGCAAGUAACUUCUAUCAUCUGAGUUCAUCCUCUGCGGCCACAUCUAGUGGGGAGCAAAUCCGCAUACAGACUGUUCCAAAGCACUCCGUUACGAGCUCAAUAGUCAGGAACGAUUCUCCUAUGCCUGCACACUACUUACAUUCAUCUACUCCAACAAAUAUUCACAAACGGACCGCAGGCGACAGGUCCCCGAAACUCAUCCUUGGUUCAUUUCCAGUACCGGAGACAGUAAGUAGGGCUAGAAAACAGAUAUCUGGCCGUCACUCUCAGUCUUCUACUUCUAGUGCCGAGGGAGACGGUGAAGUUACGGAGGGUGGGAUCGACCCGGAAAAGGUCCGAGAGCAAGUCCUUUCGCGUCGUCCCUUUGAACCAAUUCCGGUAGUCGAUCCAAUCUUUAGUGUGAUAUACGACAGCUCUUCAAGCUCAAGAAAUUCUCAACCUCGAACCCCAGAUCUGUUUGCAAAACCUCUGAUACUACAUAAAAAACCACAGAAGGCCCCGGUAACGCCGGCAAACACAGUGGCUACCCCGGAGCCACUAAUUAGUGUAAUUCCCGCAACACCGGUAGUGAUAUCAUCUCCCGAUAGUACGAGCACGAGAGAUGAUAGGGUUAAGACGAAUAGAGGCGCAUAUGCCACAAGCACAGUCGUUGCGCAUACGGGAGCGUCAACUCCGGAAGAGUUAAUUAUUCAAAAGAACAAUUUUGUUGUAGGAAUAUCGACAGUGGAAAAGAGUACAAUGACUGAUCCUGAGUACGAUGAGAAACUUGAAAAUAGCCAGGUACAGUAUUUUCCAUUGGAGACUUUAUCACGAAUGAAGUUUUCCGGACAAGUGCCUGCCGUUCUUCCAUGGAAGGGUGAGGGUGGUUCGGAAAGAAUACCCAUAAACAAAGCUGCGAGGUACUACUCCCAAGAGCAGAUGGAAGAAGUCUCAACCUAUUCAGAUUCCGGGACAAAUACAUCAGUCCAAAAAUAUAUCCCCAGAACCUUAUAUGAGGAAUAUGUUCUAUCUGAGCCCGGUCCCGAUAAAUCAGAAGAUCACCGUGGCAAACCAAGUUCUCAAUCUCGGUAUAACUCUACCUCAAAAGGACAAAAGGGGGCUUCCGUAGAGCAAACAAUUCUUCCAAUGUCCACUGGCUCCUUCACUAGGAUUAUCAUUGACCUAGAGGAUAUGUUAAACCAAGCCCUGGAAUUGGCUGGUAGGGCCGUGACAGACUCGCAUACAGCGCUUGAGCAGAGAGACGCUAGUAUCCGUAGCAUACGCAGUUUACGUGAGAGUGUUCUAAGUGAGACUGAUAGCAUGAAGGGCAACGCAGAAUCAUUCAAGACCGCGAAUGAUGAGAAGGUCUAUACAGGAGCCAAGCAGCAAGGAAGCCGACCCGCAGCCACUCGAACACGCCACAAAUUAAACGGACGUAACUCGUUGGAGGCCUCUGAUGUUAUAAAAAUUAGCAAUCUAAUGGGCGGAAGCCAAAAUACACAAAGAAGGAUGAGAUCAUUGUCCACAGAAAACACCACUGCAACGAGGAAGAGGUCACAGCAGGACAAAGUGAGAAGCCAUGAAGAAAGAUCCAGGAUACCUAGGCCCAGCGGUAAUUUUACAAUGAGUAGCGCUCGAAGUGCUAAAUUCCAGCAAAGGUCUGAGGCGGAUAAAGAUGAACAAUUGCUAGCCAGGGACUUGAACAUUUCAGCUCGUCAGGCUCAGCUUGAUGAUAUCUACAGCGGAAGAUUUCCAGUAAACAUAAAGCAAGAACCAGGUUGGGAUUGGAGCCUUGGAAGAAAGCGAUUCUGUGCCGGAGUUGCCUGUGCAAUCGUUGUGUUGAUUGGUUUCAUAAUUGGUUGUUAUGAUGGGGAGGAUGAGGUUAUUAAAGAACACUUGAAAGCUACUACCGCGGUUACCUCUUUGGGUAACAUUCUUUUUAUCAUCGGCGUGGCGAUACCAAAUACCACAGGCACUCUCUUUACCCCCUCAUACCAUUCAACAUCCGGAACGUUCCAUGGUGCCAUUCACUGUCUUGACUUUGGUUUCCCGAAUGAUAUCCGGGAUCAAUUUUGUCUGGUACCGGGUGGAGAGGCUGGCGCUCGAACAGGGGUUUGGCUAGGGGUUUGGGCCUGGCUAUUCUUUGCUUUUGGGGGAGUCGGACAUUUUGCGGGUCAAUUAAUUAUUUCAAGAUCUGAACCGGCCUGGGGACCCUGGAUUGUCGCUGCUAUAGCUACAGUGGUAGUAUUCCUUGUUUGGCGAACCGGUUGGAGAGGCAAGGAUGAACUCCAACGCGUGGACCGUGGAGAAAUCAAAAUGGUAGUCUUUGGAAGUUCACCUUACUGGUGGUGGGAAGAGGUUUGGGCGGGCGUUGUGUUGAGCUUCAGAAUGCUUGGUCAGUUGGGCUUUUUCGUGAUGACUAUAUAUAUUGGAUGGAUUGCUGGAGAGAUCGCGAUGGUUUUCAACCUAUUAGGAACGUUGAUCUCGACACAUUAUAAGUUCACCUUGGUUGACACUGGGCUUGCCGUACUCGCAUUGUCUGCUGGUGCUCUUCUCUCCGCUCCUGUCCAACUUUCUAGCUUCUAUAUGCGAAACUUUCGACACCGUGUUCACCACCGUGCAAACUCAAGUCAGCAUCACUACCAUGAGGGUCAACACCCUUAUCGUACCGUCUUCUUGAUUGGUAUCCUCCUUCUACCUGUUUCGAGCUUGGCCUUUACGAUAUCGGCCACGGGUCCCCCGACACAUUUCUUUAUUCCUGUUUUCUUUGCUAGUCUGGUCAUAUUCUCCGGAACCCUUGUCAUCGCAGAAUGCCACUUGAUAAUCAUGGACAACUUUGACAUUUCAAACCUCCCCGAGCCACUUCUCUCCAGUGUCUCCGGCUCGACUUCCCGCGGUGGCAGCAAAGGAGGACGUCCCCAUGGCACCCAAAGACCAACAAGCCUUGUGGGCCCCAACGACGAUUUUACCACAUGCCAUCCAGCAAUCACAUCUGCGUUUGGCAUCUUGCAGUUUGUAUCGCUCAUCGCCAUAGCCGGGGCGGUUGGAUGGAGUAGAUUUAUCGAUGAGGGGGUUGGAAUAAAAAACGGCCUGGGAAUUUACACCGGGAUAAGCUUUCUUGUGACGAUAGCACUCGUAGCAGUCAUAUGGAGGUGGAAAGAGGUCAGAAUUCUCGAGGUCUUUACAGAGAGACAUCCAGAGGAUGGGAUAGAGCAGGCAUCAGCUGCGUUCAUGGAAGAGAUACGGCUGUGUAAAGUGUCGAUCUUCCAAAGGGGACGCUACACAAGAUGGAGUGAGGUCAACGGAAUGAUUUAUAGAGUGGACGAGGAGGAGGAUGCAUGGCGUGUAAGAUGA